ACUCCGAGGGAGGAGUUGUAAAGUUUGAUGGCCACAGGCAGGAAUGACUUCCUGUGACUCAGUGUUACAUCACGGUGGAAUGAGUCUCUGGCUGAAUGUACUUCUGUGCCUAACCAGUACAUUAUGGAGUGGAUGGGAGUCAUUGUCCAAGAUGGCAUGCAACUUGUACAGCGUACAGGACUGGACAAACCAGGUCCAUACCACUGAUUUCCCUGGCAAUUACCCCGGUUACGACGACACGUGGGACCAGCGGCGCUUCGAGCAGAAUUUUAGGAUUGACAUUGUUCGGUUGGAGGAUGACACUUUGGAGUUUGACAUGAUUGGAAUCGAUGCCGCUAUUGCAAAUGCUUUCCGCAGGAUCUUGCUUUCCGAGGUCCCGACCAUGGCUGUGGAGAAGGCAUUUAUCUACAACAACACCUCCAUAGUUCAGGAUGAGGUUCUGGCACACAGACUGGGCCUCAUCCCCAUCAAAGCAGACCCACGACUGUUUGAGUACAGGAGCACAGGAGAUGAAGAAGGAACAGAGAUUGAUACUCUGCAAUUCCACCUGAAAGUGAAAUGUACCAGAAAUCCUAAAGCACUCAAAGACUCUUCUGACCCUGAAGAGCUGUACCUAAAUCAUAAAGUCUACUCCAAGCACUUGAAGUGGGUACCCAUUGGGAACCAGGCAGAUGUCUUUGGACAGAUUGAAAUUCAGCCUGUACACGAUGAUAUUCUCAUUGCUCAGCUUCGCCCAGGGCAAGAAAUUGAUGUCGUCGUACACUGUGUGAAAGGAAUUGCUAAAGACCAUGCCAAGUUCUCUCCUGUUGCCACAGCAAGCUACCGACUUUUACCCGAAAUAACUCUACUGAGUCCCAUAGAAGGGGAGCUUGCAGAGAAACUCAAGCAGUGUUUCUCCCCUGGUGUCAUUGAGAUUGAGAUGGUGAACGGAAAAAAAGUUGCAAAUGUUGUGAACUCAAGAUUGGACACUUGCAGUCGGGAGAUUUUUCGUCAUGAUGACCUUAAAAACCUCGUCCGUCUUGGCAGAGUUCGAGAUCACUACAUCUCUGUCGUUCAAUUGGGUAAGUCAGCAGAAGAUUAUACUUGGAUUGGAUUUCAAUCCGCUUAUUAUAUAUAGUUGGAUCUGGAGAUGGGGCAUGUUUUCGACCAAGAUCUUUUAAUAUCGCUGCUAGGUCAGACCUUUCUUUGUCAGCUUUUUUCUUUAUAUAGGUAGAGUAAGAGAUAAUUUCUCCAUGAAUAUAUGCUUUAAAAGUAUCCCAGACUAUAGUACCAGCAGUAUCUCCUUUUUAAAAUUUUCUUUAAAGAUAAAAGUAAUAUGGUUUUCUAAAAACUUUAGAAAAUUUUUAUCAGAUAAAAAUGAUAAGUUAAAACGCCAACUUCUAGUUGGUACAGAGUAAACAGGUAAUCUUAAAGCCAGAAGCACAGGUGCAUGAUCAGACAAAGCAAUCUCCUUAUAAUCACAGGAUCGAACCAGUGGAAACAAGUUUCUAUCUAUAAAAAAGUAGUCAAUCCGAGAGUACAGAUGAUGAACCUGAGAGAAAUAUGAAUAUUCCUUUUCUUGGGGGUGUAAAAAAAACGCCAUACGUCGAGAAUACCACAUUGAAAUAGAAUAGAUUUAAAAAGUAGGACUCAUUUAUUAGUGACAGGGGUUUUACUUGAAGAGCGAUCUAAUAUAGGGGUCAAGCCAAAAAUUAAAUCUCUACCCAUCACUGAGGAAUACCAAUUCAAAUCAGGCAGAAAAGAAAAAAGAUGUUCAAAGAACAAGGAGUCAUCUGUAUUUGGAGCAUAUACAUACGCAAAUACGAUUAGUUUAUUCUCAAGACUACCCGAAACAAUAACAAAAUGCCCAUUUGUAUCAGAAAUUACAUUAUGUUGAAUAAAGGAUACAUUCUGAUCAAACAGGAUAGGGACGCCUCUCGAUCUAGAUUGAGAGGGUGAGUGAAAAUGUAUACCCUUCCAUCCUUUGAAAAAGCGUGAAAUAACAUCUUUACGAAUAUAGGUUUCUUGGAGAAAGAUUAUACGAGUUUUAAUUUUCCUGAUAUAAGAAAAAAUCUUAAUUCGUUUAACAGGGUUAUUUAGACCUUUCACAUUAAAGCUGAGUAUAUUAAUAAAAGAAUCCAUCAAGUAUCCUUUAGAAAUGUAUAAAAAGUAAUCACAGACAUGUAGAUAGUGAAUAAUUAAACAGUAAAAAUCUCCAAUCAGCUUUCUGGAAGAACCCAUUUCCUUCCCUCCCCCCAAAGAGAGAAAUCAGCCAAGGGAGGCUGAAGACUAAUUCUAACGUUCCCAACCCAAAACUCUGGUGGCUCCAAAAAUAUAUAUAUGUAUAGCUGUGCUGAAUAAACGAUUGGAAGUAAGUAAGUAAGUACAAAAACAAAAUAUCAAAGUAAAUAAGUUCGCUAUUUACGAGAAAAAACCAUGGGAAAAUACAAGUAUUAGUCUCGGUAAAAAGGAAAGACAAAUAAGGAAAAUCAAUAAGUAAAACAACAUGUGGGUGCAAAGAAAAGGAGUAAAGAAACAAAUAGAAAAUAAUUAGAAAGGGAAGCGGUUUAGAUAGCUUCCUACAUGACUAAUUCAAGGGGGAAAAAAACAAAAUGGCAAAAUAAUGAAAAAACCAAAAGCCAGCAAUAAGAAAUAUAGAAUAUUGUAUACUAUUGAAAAACAGUAAAAGACCAAAAGGUGUAUAAAUAAUCAAAAGAUAGAAAAAAUCUGAAUGAAUUUAAAGUAAAGCAAAACACCCUAUAAUUUCAUUUCUCAGUAAUUACUACAUGUACACCCUACAUAAUUACUUCCAGUCAAAUUACUAAAAGGAAGGUAAAAAUCAACAUAACACUGAGACAAUAUAACAUUUUGUUUAAAAAGAGCUGCGAGAAAGUAACAUUCGAGGACCCAUAUAAAGGCGGAAAACAGCGAAAGAGAAAAUAGAUGCAGUCUGACUGCAUGUUUUGCAUAGUUAACAAGAUAACAAGUUAACAAAGAUAACAAGGUGCCAGUUACUUAAUCAAACAAGUGAUUAAGACUUCGUAAAACCAAGAAACCUUGUUAACAACAAAGUGCCAGUUACUCGAUUGAACACCUGAAAUUAAAACAUUUAGCAUAAAGCAACUCAAGGUUGAAUUUAAGAAUGGAGACUAUGUACAAAUUUCUUAGCUUCUUCAGGCUUUGUAAACCAAGAAACCUUGUUAUCAGAAGUAGUAACCUUGAGUUUACACGGAUCUCUGAGAUAAAGGUGACAGCCAAGCUUAAAAAGGUCAGGCUCUUUAAAAGCCUGUCUAGCUCUUAAAACUUCCGAUGGAUAAUCUUGAACGAUCCGAAACUGUUGAUCACGAAAUUGUAAUAUGCGUUUCUUCCUUGAUUCACGAAGGAUCUGUUCUUUAAUCUGAUCGUCAUAAAAGCGAAUGAUAAUAGAACGAGGUUUGGCAGGAUCCCAAUUAGGCGGGGUAACUUGGUGAACGCACUCAAAUUUUGGUAGUUCCGAUAAUAUAUCAGGGAAUAAAUCUUUCAACAUUUGAGUACAAAAAUCGAUAGGUUGAUAACCCUCUAGUUUUUCAGGAAGCCCACAAGUUUUGAUAUUGCACCUUUGAUUCCUGGUCUCCAAAUCUGUCAGUUUCUUCAGUAACACGUCGUAUUUUUUAAAGUUGUUCCCUAGAAAUUUUCUUGAAACCUUCGAUAUCCUUCUGCAACUUCGGCAGAGAUUCUUUGUGUAACUUAAUAUGAAUUUCAUGGUCAUUCACAGUCUGCUGUAUACUUCCAAGUUUCUGAUUAAGCGUUUUCAGUUCAGAUUUAACCAGGUCGAAGGUAUUCUGUAACAAGUCAAACUUGGAUUCCAAGUCAUCCAGUUUAUCCAAUUUUUCGCGUCUCUCUGACAUUUGUUGAGACAUUUCAGCCAAAGUCUCUAAAGUAACCUCUUUUCUAGAGUGUUUUCUACUCAUGGUGCUCUCACUGAGAUAGGUUUAAACAGCAAAGUAAACAAAUAAUUUUGGAGCACGGAGCUACUGCAACCUACUCCAUUACAGCCACCGGAAGUCGUCUAUUAUCCCUUUCAACCCAAUCUCCUGCCUUUUUCCUGUAACCUUUGACGCCCUGAUUAAUCAAAACCCUGUGAGUAUACCCAAUGACUUGCCCUGCACAGCCAUCUGUGACAAUGAAUUCCAUAGAUUCACCACUCUCUGGCUAAAGAAAUGUUUUUCCUCAUCCCCGUUCUUAAUGGAUGUCCCUCAACUCUUGAGGCUGUGCCCUCCGGUCCUAGAUUCCUCCACUAUUGGAAACAUCCUCUCCACAUCCACACUAUCUAGUCCUUUCAGUGUUCAAUAGAUUUUAAUGAGAUUCUUUCUCCCGGCCCCCCCCCCCCCCCCCAAUUCUUCUAAACUCCAGUGAGUACAGGCCCAGAGUCAUCAAAUGUUCCUUGUAUGUUAACCUUUUUAUUUUUGGGAUCAUUCUCAUGAAUUGCCUAUGAACCCUCUUUAGUGCCAUCACAUCUUUUAGAUAAAGGGCACGAAACUGCUCACAAUUCUCCUAAUUGUAGUUUGAUCAAUGCCUUAUGUAAUGCCUCAGCAUUACAUCCUUGGUUUUCUAUUCUAGUUCUCUUGAAAUAAAUACUAACAUUGCAUUUGUCUUCCUUGCCACUGACUCAACCUGCAAGUUAAUCUUUAGGGAAUCCUGCACGAAGCCUUCCAAGUCCCUUUGCACCUUUGAGUUUUGAAUUUUCUCCCCAUUUAGAAAAUAGUCCUUUAUUCCUUCUGUCAAAGUGCAUGACCAUGCACCUUUCUACACUAUGUUCCACUUCUUUGCCCAUUCUCCCAAUUUGUCCUAGUCCUUUUGCAGACACCCUGCUUUCUCAACACUACCUGUCUUUGUAUUGUUUGCAAACUUGGCCACAAAGCCAUCAAUUUAAUCAUUCAGAUCAUUAACAUAUAAUGUGAAAAGAAAUGGUUCCUUAACUGACCCACUAGUUUCUGGCAGCCAACCAGAAAAGGCACCUUUUAUUCCCACUCUGCCUCCUGCCAGUCAGCCAAUCUUCUAUCCAUGCUCAUAUCAUUCCUGUGAUACCAUGGGCUCUUAUCCUACUAAGCAACCUCGUAUGCAGCACCUUAUCAGAGGCCUUCUGAAAAUCUAAGUAACCAACAGUGCACUAGGUCAAGCCUUGAGUAUUUAUCCACCCUAAUGCACGUUUAAGCCUUCAGUACUGCAAAAUAAUCGCUGGGAACCAGGUGGUGGAAUGUUUGAAGCACCAGUUUAGGUAAGGAUUCUAUUUGAAUAAGCAGGACCUGUAUCACAUGUAUGGUGUCGUUUUGUACCUUUUCUAUGGUGGCUGAAAUAUUAAUCACAGCACUCUGCAACUCUGCCAUGUCUAGAUAAGGUAAAUGGGCUCAGAUGAACUGGUGACACCCAGUGUUUCAUAAGGAUUCUCUACCUCCUGCUUACGGUGACCCUUCUUGGGGUAAUAAUUGUGAUGAGCAUGUGCAUAAAUUUUUACCUAGUCAACUUCAGGAUCAGUUAUUCCUGUAGUACAUGUACCUGCUCAAUCCUAGAGUAGGAUUUUAUAGACACUGUUACUACAAAUCCAGAAUUAUCUAGGGCUAAUGUGUUGGAGGUACCAGUCAGUGUAGUUCUGGCUGAACCUCAUCCAGAGGGAAGAGUUUAGAGGAGGCAGGUGAGGUAACGGAUACAUAUCCAACAUUUUGUGUUAAUGGUUUGGGAGGUUUCAUCCUGCAUUUGCAAUACUGCUGAAUUAUCCUACCUUAUAUUAACAAUUACACAGCAUGUUGCAGACUCUCAGGUAUUACUUCCUUCACCCUUGUUGCUGUCUCCUCAAUUUGUCCCUAUAGCCCACUCAGAAACGGUCACCUCCACUGGCACCCUUUGUUAGAUAUAUUCUUCUACAACUGCAACUGGCUGCCUCGGGUAUGCAGAACAGGGACAUGCCUGAACUCCCUCCCCAUAGUGUAGACAACCAGAGCUGGACUGAAGCCCAGUCCAUAGUGCAGACAACUGGAUUGGUGCUGGGCAGUCCAAUCUCUAGACAACUGUUGGUCUGUGCUCACUGGCUAUUGUCCACAACUCCUAUCCUGUCCAAACCAUCUCCAAUGCUAGAAGACUGUAAAAUAAACAAAAUGCUGGAAACGCCUAACAAGUUGGGUAGAAUCUGUAGAGAAAGAUGCAGCUAGUUUUGGAUCAGAGAUCUUGGUCAUCAGGACAAAUUGCAUUUUAACUAUCAAGUAGUAACAUUUUGCAAGGUGUUUUGCAAGAUUAUUAUUCCAUCAGUAGUCAUAAGGGACAGAAAAUUACGGACACAUUCUAUUUGAGCAGUAUCUGGGAGAAAGAGCAGUAAUAUCUAAGGUAGAAAGAGGCAUGAGCCUGCAGGUACUGGAAGUGAGAGAAAAAACAAGCUGCUGGAAGAACACAGCAGGUUAGACAGCCUCUGAAGAGGGAAAUGGACAGUUGAUGUUUCAAGUCAAAAUCCUUCAUCUGGACUAGAUAUUUAAGGUAGAAGAUUUUUAGACAGAGCUGAGAGAGUAGUUUGUAAACGUCAUCCAAGAUUGUUGGACGAUCACUUCAGCUUAUCCCUUGGCUUUAUCUCAUCACAAACAUUCCCUUUGUCCUGCCCAUUCUUUCCUGCACCUAAUCUUUAACCUGUAAUCUUAACUUUAUUUCAACAUAUUGUGUUUUUAAUUUCAGAAUUCUGACAUUUACACUUUUUAUUUUGAUUUUCCUAUAUGGGAGACACUGGGCUAUGUAUCCAAAAACUUGGUGACUAAAAGUUUUAUAGAAUGCCUGAUGAGACAGGGAAUUUGAUUGAUUGUAUAGUUGAAUAUUGUCCAUUAGAUAAAGGAGUUCUGUAAUGGUGUCUUUCUCAUGUAUCUGUUGUGUUUAUUCAUAGAGAAUGUGCAAGGUUCUAGAAAGAUUUUGGCAAGCUUGAUCCUUUGGCAAUGAGUGACGAGUUAUCCUAUGAAAAACAGUAAUUGUCCUGGGGGGGGUGGUUUCCCAAGAUUUUGUGUGCUGCUAUCCACUAAGCCUCUGUACCUUUAAAGUUUCAGUGGAAUCAACGGGAAUUCUUCCACCAGAAGUGCUUGUGUCUGAAGCCUUGAAAGUCCUGAUAACAAAGUGUAGAAGAUUUUUGAAUGAACUGGACACGGUACAAAUGGACUGAGCUUGGUGUGGUUGGGCUGGUUCAACUCGGUCUGAGCUGUGCUUGGACCUGAUGGCAGUGAGAAUAGUGGCCUCUUCUGAGUACCAAUUCUACCUGAAAUGAGCAUCAUUGACUUGGUUCAACAAUGACCUCUGUCCCACGUAAUAGUGGGUUAAUACAUAUAAAGCUGAAUGUCAGGGACAAUGGCAAGGAUAACAGAUAUAAUGAACUAUCAGUUCAAUCAUAAAUAAAAUGAAGUGGAGUCAAUCAGCAGCACCUGCAAGAGAAGAUCCAACUUUCAGGUUGAUGACCUUUCUUCAGAUCUGAUUUUUUUAUAUAUUGUAAUUUGUGUUUGUAAAUAUGUUGCACUAUUAAAGAAGUUUGCUCUGCUAUUA